UGUGGCAGUGACACCGCAUACACUCAGUUACCCGCAAGCAUUUGCAAGGCAGAGGACAACACCUUUUUCUUUUGUCAGUCCACACUGAACUUCGGAAUCAUGUGCAAGUACCCGUCUCUCUCUGAGGCCAACGUGACAAAGGCUUUGCACGAAGACAGGGGAAGUGACGCUCACCUCGUGUCCUGGGUCACCGAGGACUUUCUUGGGGAAGGCGACAAUUACGCCAGUGCCGUUACAAGCGUCAAAGUCGAGUACACUCAUGGUGGAGAGACUCAUGACGUAAGUUACAUCGUGAAGUUGAAAAGGAAGAGGGAUGGAGGAUCUCCCACUUACUUUGAUAAUAUGACCUUUGAAAAGGAGGCCAGAUUUCUGACUGAAAUUUGCCCUUUGCUGAACGCAGAACUGUUAGCAGCUGGACUGACUCCUCUGCGGGUACCGCGAUGUUGCCAUAACGCUGUGUCUGAAAAUCAAGAUUACUUAUUCCUGGAAGAUUUACGACAUAAAGGCUUCAGGCGUUAUGACCGUAAGAAGGGAAUCGAUUAUUUACAUGCAAAGCUUGUCCUUCAAGAAUUGGCCAGGUUGCAUGCAGCCUCUUUCUUGUUGCGCAAGAGAAAGGAAGAAGACAUGGUUACUAAACACAAAUUCCUUACAUGGGAAUGGCACAACUACUCCGACGAAGCACGCAAGGAAUUCCAGACUCUCUUCGCAGGAACACAAAACAGCACUUCCGCACUGGCAGCCGUAAUGGGAUACGAGUCUCUGUCCAGGUGGUUCAAGAACACGGCUUCUCGGGGCUGCGAGUUUGUCGAGGAGCAACUGGAUAGAAGCAAAUUUGACGUGAUUUGUCACGGCGAUUGUUUCACUAGCAACAUUUUGUUCAGAUACAAUGAAGAAGGGCUACCAGUUGAAGUGGUGCUGCUGGAUCUUCAAAUUUGUCGAGUAUCGUCUCUGGCUAUUGACCUGAAUUACUUCAUUUUCUCGAGUAUCCCGCGCAGUGAAAGAAAUGAGCUCGAGGAAUACUUGUCGCUGUACCAUUCAUCAUUCAUGCGAGUCAUGUCUGCCGCGGGAUGUGAUAUGCCCUUUACAAAAGACGAAAUCAGCCAAGAAUUCAAAAGGAAAAACACUUACGGGUUUGUGUUUGCUUCGAUCCUCAUCCCUAUCCUGGUGUCGGAGGCUCAGGAUGUACUGGAAUUCGACUCGGCCACGGACGGGCGUGCCAAGGAUUUCGUCGAAGAGUUGCGCCAGAAUGCAAUGAGGAUGCUGGCCAGCAAUCGUUUACUGAAGCCACGUUUAAAGGACCUCUUUGAUGACAUUGUAGAAUUCCAAGAGCUGUGAACCUAAUGACAUUAUAAUGUACAUAUUCUCUCUCUCUUAGACACACACACACACACACACACACACACACACACACACACACACACA